GAAACUGUUCACGAAGAACACACGCCAUCUUGGCCACGUUAGUGGUUAGAUUUUAAAAAGUCCUACGGUUUAUAGAUUUCUUUCGAAAAAAAGAAAGAAAAUCUUGCCUGUUUCUCGCAGAAAUGGGAACCGUCGAUUCUUAUGGCCCUGCUUCUCAGACCUUAACGUUUUUGGAUACGGAAGAAGCAGACUUUGGAGCGGACACGCAAGGCAGCGAGUACGAGUUUCACGACUUCACAGUUCCCUCGCAAACUCAAACUCAGUCGCAAGCAUCACAAGCUGAGCCAAGCCAACCAACUGUCUUGAAUGGAGCUGUUAUAGAGCAGAAAGAUAGGGCCGUCAAUGGUCCUUCAUCCGACGAUAAGAAAGAUGAAACUGGAAAAAUAACAAACUCACUUGGAGAGUUGAACUUUGAGGAAGACGAGGAUGAAAGCUACUUUCCGAAAGACUUGCCGGCUCAUGCUUGCAGUUACUGUGGCAUCCAUGAUCCUGCAUCUGUAGUUCAAUGUAUCCAGUGUAGAAAAUGGUUCUGUAAUGGUAGGGGAAAUACAUCUGGAAGUCACAUAAUCAACCAUCUAGUACGUGCAAAGCAUAAAGAAGUCACACUACACAAGGACGGUCCUCUUGGUGAGACAGUCCUUGAAUGUUACAACUGUACCUGUCGUAAUGUAUUCUUGCUUGGGUUUAUUCCUGCCAAAGCAGAUUCUGUCGUGGUGUUAUUAUGCCGGCAACCUUGUGCAACUCAAAGCAGUCUAAAAGAUAUGAAUUGGGAUCAAUCUCAGUGGCAGCCACUGAUCAAUGAUCGAUGUUUUCUGUCAUGGCUGGUUAAAGUCCCUCCAGAUGAGGAUCAGCUAAGAGCAAGACAGAUCUCAGCACAGCAAAUCAACAAGCUAGAGGAACUAUGGAAGGAUAGCCCAGAGGCAAAGCUUGAAGACUUAGACAAACCUGGAGUGGACGAUGAACCACAGCAAGUUCUACUAAGGUAUGAAGAUGCGUAUCAGUACCAAAACAUUUUUGGUCCUUUAGUGAAAUUAGAGGCUGAUUAUGAUAAAAGACUCAAAGAGUCUCAGACUCAGGACAACAUUGUUGUAAGAUGGGAUAUUGGUUUAAACAAGAAGAGAUUAGCCUUCUUUACCUUCCCUAAGACUAAUGAUGAGAUGAGGCUAAUGCCUGGUGAUGAGCUGAGACUCAGAUAUCUUGGAGAACUACAUAAACCCUGGCAAGGUGUUGGUCAUGUCAUCAAGGUCCCUAAUAACUUUGGUGAGGAAGUUGGUAUUGAAUUGAGAAGCAAUGUUGGAGCACCUGUUGAAUGUACUCACAACUUUGUGGUGGACUUUGUCUGGAAAUCAACUUCAUUCGACAGAAUGCAAGCUGGAAUGAAGACUUUUGCAGUUGACGAGACAUCUGUUAGUGGUUAUGUCUACCACAAGCUUCUUGGUCAUGAUGUCGAAGAACAAAUGGUCAAAUGUCAGCUUCCCAAGAGGUUUUCAGCCCCAGGGCUGCCAGAAUUGAAUCACUCCCAAGUGUAUGCAGUUAAGACUGUGUUGCAAAGACCACUUAGCCUUAUUCAGGGUCCUCCUGGAACUGGCAAAACUGUAACAUCGGCAACAAUUGUUUAUCAUUUGGCCAAACAGAAUAAUGGUCAAGUGCUUGUUUGUGCGCCAAGUAACAUUGCAGUGGAUCAACUGACUGAGAAGAUUCAUAAGACUGGCUUGAAGGUAGUACGUCUUUGUGCCAAAAGCCGUGAAGCAAUCGAUUCUCCAGUGGCUUUCCUUGCUUUGCACAAUCAAGUCAGAAAUAUGGAAAGUGUGCCAGAGUUGCAAAAACUACAACAGUUGAAGGAUGAGCUGGGUGAGUUGUCUGCUACUGAUGAGAAGCGCUACAGGACACUGAAGAGAAACUGUGAGAGAGAAUUACUACAGCAUGCUGAUGUAAUCUGUACAACCUGUGUUGGUGCUGGUGAUCCUAGACUAUCCAAAUUCAGGUUUAGAACAGUCUUGAUAGAUGAGUCUACACAAGCCACAGAACCAGAGUGCAUGGUACCUGUAGUUCUGGGAUGUAAACAACUGAUCCUUGUGGGUGAUCACUGUCAGCUUGGUCCUGUUGUCAUGUGUAAAAAAGCUGCCAAUGCUGGUUUAUCACAAUCCUUGUUUGAAAGGCUGGUGGUGUUAGGGAUUAGGCCAAUUCGUCUUCAGGURCAAUACAGAAUGCACCCUGUCCUUAGUGAAUUCCCUUCAAACCUGUUCUAUGAUGGUACCCUUCAAAAUGGUGUCACAAUAGCUGAACGCCUUCAGCCUGGUGUUGACUUUCCAUGGCCUGUACCCGACAAGCCAAUGUUCUUCUAUGCUACAAUGGGUCAAGAAGAGAUAGCUUCAUCAGGAACUUCUUAUCUUAACAGGACUGAGGCUGCUAAUGUAGAAAAGAUUGUAACCAGGUUUCUAAGAGCUGGUAUUAAGCCAGAACAGAUAGGUGUUAUAACACCAUAUGAAGGGCAAAGAGCCUAUCUUGUACAAUACAUGCAGUUCAGUGGAUCACUCCAUGCAAACCUGUACAUGGAAGUGGAAGUAGCAAGUGUUGACGCUUUCCAAGGCAGAGAAAAGGAUUAUAUCAUUCUAUCUUGUGUCAGGUCCAAUGAACACCAGGGUAUUGGUUUUUUGAAUGAUCCAAGACGUUUAAAUGUAGCGCUAACAAGAGCAAAGUAUGGAAUUAUUCUUAUUGGCAACCCUAAGGUUCUUUCAAAGCAACCACUGUGGAAUCAUCUUCUGAAUUAUUACAAGGAAAACAAAGCUCUUGUUGAGGGUCCCCUCAACAACCUGAAGGAGAGCAUGAUGCAGUUCAGCAAGCCGAGAAAACUUGUCAACAGAACAAAUCCUGGAGGACGUUUCAUGAGUACCACCAUGUUUGAUGCACGCGAGGCACUUAUUCCUGGCAGCAUCUACGACAGGAACAUCCCUAGAAUGGACCCAUCAGCAUUCCAUGACCAGUACUAUCGUACACAUGAYCGAUUGGGAUACAUUGGUGCAGAGAGAGCUAUGCCACCUGCUGCGGCGGCGAGUAUCCCUGUCCCUGUUGGCAUGUUCAUCCCACCAGUUCCUCCACCCCACCAUUCUUUCUUCAACCAGAUGUCAGGCAGAAUGCCACAUGGGCGUGUCCCUCAGCAGCGACCACGAGGCCAGCGACAACAACAGGGUGUGCAUUAUCCAGUCCAUAUGCCUGCAAGUCAGGCAAGUCAGGAUGCCUCUCAACCUCUAUCACAAGGUCCRUUAACUCAAGGUGGAAUGUCAAUGAGUCAACCAAUGGCAUCGCAGCCUCUUUCACAGCCAGACUUGUCACAGGACAGUUACCUUGGUGAUGAGUUCAACCUCAAGUCUCAGGCAGAUGCUGUGUUGUCGCAAGACUCCACCUAUCAGGGAGAUCGAGGUGGUUACAUUAACUCCCAGCCAGACUAUGCCUCACAACCAAAUUAUGCCUCGCAAUAUUAGAACUGCUAACUCAAAAGCAGUUGGUAAGGUGGCUCAAUACCAUCAGAGCCACUGACACCAUGGCAACCUCCCGGAUAUGUCAUGGUGAUACAACCUCAGCCUCGUCAGCAUGUCUCCAUACYGAUUCCCGGAUAUAACAAUAUAUUGUUUUGGUUGCACAAAGACUUGUUCGUUUGGUUUCUGGCCUAGGACCAUUGGAUGUGGUAAAAUAUUAACCCAACACAGAAAAACUCAAUUUAUCCAGAGUACCACUGAAAGACAUACGAUGCAAUACUAGUUAUUGCAGUUAUUGUUUCUUGUGUUUGUACUUUACAGUGAAGUGAAAGGAAAGAAAAAACAAUGAAAUAGAUAUCAGACAAAUGCAGUGGAAAACUAUCAGGAAACUCAAGGGUAACCAUUGCAGAGGUGUAGUGAUUGCAGUUCAAWCUAAAUUGCAUAAAACUGCAMAAAAUCCUUUKUCUAUUUUAGCUUUUCAAGAACUUUCAGGAUCAGUAUUUCAYGACUGUUUAGUUUAAUAUCUAUUUCAAAGGCUUUGUGAUGUUUUUGAUGUGUUCUCUGGCCAUAUACAGGUCKUGAAUUAGAGUUGGAUGCCUGUGAAAUGAGCAUUGUUAAGAUGGGAUUGGUAUUAUGAGAUUUUUUGCAAACAAUUUUAUUUUAAAUUUCUUGGAUACCAAAAACUGUUUUUGAAGAAAGCUGCCAUAACAUUUCAUCUUUGAAAUGGUAAUAGUACUAGGAAUGUUGUAAAGUAAUUCCUUGUUAGGUCUGUUCUCUGUUGUUGUGUAUUUUAGGGUUUUAGGUACUAAGAGUAGAUGUACUUAACCUGGGAAGCAAAAAGUACCAAUUGCUAUUAAAUGGUGUUUAUUAAACAAUACAAAACAAGAAA